AUUGGCAGUAUUGAAUAACAUAGCCUCUUCCAAAAAUGGUAGCAUUUGAUUACAUUAUUUUGUGAAUGUUUGUGAGACAAAAGGGUGUGUAUGCAAGUGUGUUUCGUGUUUAAAUAGUGAAAUGUGAUUGUGUUCCUUCUAUAAUUAGUGCAAUAGGAUCGUUAUCUCCAGAGGAUUUAAACAUGUAUCCAAUUCAGGUUGCUGUAGCUACCUACCUCUUCAUAUGCAUUAUCUCUAGUAUAGUAGCCCAAGUGCCUCAAAGAUUCACUGCCCAAAACCCGUGCACUUCCAAAUCAACUUGCCAAGAAUGCAUUCAGACUCCUUCGUGUGCAUGGUGCUAUGAUCCUGAAUUUAGUGGUAGUGCUCGAUGUUUCCAACCGUCAUUCCCUAUAGCCCCCAAAGAUCAGUGCAAGGAAGAGUUUGUGUUCAAUCCUGAUAACACAAUGAGUGUUAUUAGUAAUUUAGAGCUUUCCAAGGCCCAUUCGAAGGCAGGCAGCGGUGGAUACCAUUGGGGAGUCGGUUAUGAGGGUAGUUGGAAUAAUACGGAGAGUUGGGGCUCUCACAUAUAUCAACAAGGGCAAAGUGGAGGUGGAGGUGGUGGUGGUGGUGGACAGAUCGUUCAAGUUGCGCCACAAAGAUUGAAGUUACAGUUAAGAGCAAGACAGUCUUUUAGUAUUUACAUGAGUUACACCCAAGCAGAAGACUACCCAGUGGACCUGUACUAUCUUAUGGACCUCAGUAGGUCUAUGUUAGAUGACAAGGAAAAACUGUCCUCUUUGGGGGAUCAAUUGGCCCAAACUAUGCAGAACAUUACUUCAAACUUCACACUUGGAUUUGGAAGUUUUGUGGAUAAAGUUGUUAUGCCAUAUGUCAGCACGCUUCCUGAAAAGUUGCAGAGACCUUGUGACGUGUGCGUAGCACCAUACGGAUUUCACCAUCAUCUGAGUUUAAGCACUAAUACAUAUAUGUUUUCAAGAAUGGUGAAACAAGCCAACGUUUCCGGAAACUUGGACGCGCCGGAAGGAGGUUUCGACGCCAUCAUGCAAGCCGUCGUGUGUAGAAAUAACAUCGGUUGGAGAGAAAGAGCUAGAAGACUGUUGGUGUUUUCUACCGAUGCCAGUUUUCACUAUGCUGGAGAUGGAAAAUUGGGAGGUAUUGUAAAACCGAACGACGGUCAUUGUCAUUUGAGCAACGAAGGAUACUAUAGCGAGUCUUCCUACCAAGAUUACCCAUCUAUAGAGCAGAUUAACUUGGCUGUCAAAAAGAACUCCAUCAAUGUUAUUUUUGCUGUCACUGGAAGUACUAUUGGCAUAUACGAACAACUUGCCAAACAUGUUGAAGGAGCAUCAGUGGCCAAACUAGAAAAAGACAGCUCUAAUAUAGUGGAUCUGAUCAAGGAACAGUAUGAACAGAUCUCGUCUGUCGUCGAAAUGAAGCACAACGCUUCCAGUGCUGUUAGCAUAAGAUUUUUUACCAAAUGUCUGAAUUCUACUGGUGCCCUGGUGAAUACAAACAAAUGUGCAAAUAUUAAGGUGGGUGAUGUAAUAAACUUCAAAAUCGACAUCGAAGUGCUGAACUGCCCGAAAUUACGAAAAGAUCGCACGCAAACCAUCAAAAUCUAUCCAGUCGGUAUCAAUGAAAGUUUAAUCAUGGACUUGGAGAUGCUGUGCGGUUGCGACUGUGAACAACCAGGAGACAGAUACUACUUAGAGAAUGCUCCAGCCUGUCACCAUCACGGUACCUACAAAUGUGGUAUUUGCGAGUGUAAUCCUGGAGCGUUUGGGAGACAUUGUGAAUGCAAUGCUGACGAAAUUAACAAGUUGUCGUUCAAUAAGACUUUGGGAUGCAUUAAACCGAACAGUACCACUGGACAGGAAUGUUCUGGAAGGGGAACUUGCAUUUGUGGACGGUGUGAGUGCGAAUCCAGAGGUACUUUGGAGAAUAUCUAUGGCGACUACUGCGAGUGCGACAACUUCUCUUGCGAACGACACAUGGGAGAACUGUGCAGCGGUGAAACCCACGGCAUCUGCGAUUGCGGCGUGUGCAACUGUAAACCCGGUUGGACUGGACCCAAUUGCGCAUGCGAGGCAUCUACUGCGGGUUGUUACGCCCCUGACAUCAUAGGCGGGGAGAUAUGCUCUGGACACGGUACGUGCGUGUGCGGCGCUUGCCAGUGCGAGAACACCAAGGAAAGCCGUUAUUCUGGAAAAUUCUGCGAAGCAUGUCCUACUUGCCCCGAUAGAUGUCUGGAAUUCAGGGAUUGUGUUCAAUGUCAACAGUAUCAUACGGGUCCAUUGAAGGAACCUGAUGUUUGUAGCGCGAACUGUACCAACGUGCCUGUUCCCAUUGCAGUAGAUACAGUUGAAGCUAUCGAAGAAAAUAACGAAUAUUUGUGCCAUUAUACUGACGAAGAUCACUGCCAAUUCACAUACGUUUAUUACUACGACAUCGAAAGAAAAUUGCACAUUAGAGCACAAGAAGAGAGAACAUGUCCUCCAGAGGUAUUCGUAUUGGGCAUAGUUUUUGGUGUCAUAGCUGCCAUUGUUCUGAUCGGAAUGGCCAUAUUACUUCUCUGGAAAUUGCUUACCACCAUACACGACAGGAGGGAAUUUGCUAGAUUUGAGAAAGAAAGAAUGAUGGCUAAGUGGGAUACUGGUGAGAAUCCAAUUUACAAGCAAGCCACAUCGACCUUUAAGAAUCCAACCUAUGCAGGCAAAGGUUAAAAUAAACCUUAAGAUAAGUAUAAAAAAGAAGAGAGAAGAAUCUUAACAAGAAAAAAUGCAAUCGUUUUGAAAAAAGAAACGCAUUUUAACCAUCUAGUAAAUAUUCGUUCAUUGAUAUUCAUAUAUUUCAUCAUUAAUUUCAUAAAAUUUUAUUUAUUUAUAUAAAUUUUGACAUUUUAACCUCGAAUCUCUUUUUACUACCCUUAAUACUUAAAUUAAUAUCUUCUGUGUUUUUUGUAAAUUGUUCUUAUUUAUACUUUAUAACAAAAUUAAAAAAACAGCACUAAUUUUCUUUCGAAUAAUUAAACAUAAUUGUGUUUAUUGCCAUAUAUUAAUAAACUACACUGUGAUCGAUUUAAAACGCCGUCAUAGUAAGCACUAAGAAAAAGAUAUGACACACAAGAACAUAGGGGACAAAAACACAAUUUUUUUAACUAGGAGCUGCUACUGGUUCAGUUAACUGCAAUACGUUAUUUCUGUGCCUACUCUGACGUUAGUUUUAUUCAACCACACUGUACUUAUUUAGCCUGGAUGCACACAGAAAAAGCAAAACAGUUUUAAUCAAAAUCGUUUUAGGCUAAAUGUGUUUUCAUGUGAUGCUUCAACGCAGAUUAAAUGGGCUAACGCACCCCAUAGAGUCGCGAGCUUUAAGACUCGUUUAAGCUCGUUUAGUCACAGACAGGCUCGACAUCGAGCUCUGGAUCGUUGUUUUAUGAUAAAACAUUUUUAGUCACCGUGCGUUCCAUAUCUGCUGCCGUGUAUACUAACUGUAAAUAAAUCAUUUUGCUUCUCUUCGAAACAUAAUGUUUUUAUAAAAGAGAAAAACGUUUUUACUAAAACAGUUUUGUUUUUUCUGUGUGGGUCUAGCCUUAGAUGUUAAGGAUAAGAUGAAUUAAGGAUAAAAUACCGUAUGAUCGAAAAAAAAAAAAAUGACGUCAAGUGGCUUGAUGACAUCGAUCGUCAUUUUCUAGGCCAAUUAUGACGCUGUUUUUUCGGUCGUACGAGAUUUAGUAUUUACUUAAACUGAAUCUGUAACCUGUUCAUUUUUGGCGAUUAAAAUUGUCUAUGCAAUUGAUGAAUUAUAAAAAUGAUCUAGGUAUAGUUAAAGAUAUAUUUUAAAAAAAAAAUCGAAUAUGACUAAUUUUAAGUUGAUGACAAAGUGUCUAAAAAAUGUAGUCAAUGUGCCUAAUUAAUUAUAGUGUCUUAAAAAGAAGACUUAUUAAUACACUAAUAUUUUUUAAGAGAUAUAUUUUUACUGAUCUGAUAGUUGUAGCCGUCGAUUUGCUAGUUUUAUUUACAAAAUAUUUUGUAAUCGUUGUUAGUUACGUAUUAAAUAUUUAGAUAACACCCAAA